CGCUGCCCAAUUUAUUACUCCUACUCCCAGAGUGGUAGCGCUCCGAGGAACGUACUCCUGGCGAACAGCUCAUGCUCCACGCUGAUCCCACUCACUCGACCGAGCCAACCCAAACCUCCAAGAUUUAACGCCGCCGUCUUCAAAAGCCACCCACAGGGAUCCCUCCCAUUGUCUCUCUUCUCCUCGAUCGAUCCGAAGAUGGCUUCUGCUGCCCGCGUGCUGACGCCAAUGGCGCUGCUGCUCUCGCUCGCGCUCCAGCUCGCGGCGGCCGCGGUGUCGCCCCCCGGUCCCAGACCCACCUUCCCGGGCGACGCGGCCGCACUGGCGUCGCUGAAAGCCGCCGUGGACGCCGCCACCGUCCCGUCCUACUCCUGCCUCGCCUCGUGGGACUUCUCCCGCGACCCCUGCGCCGCCUUCCCCUGCGGCGUCCACUGCAACACACCCCCCAACUCGUCCCACCAGCGCGUCGCCGGCGUCUCCCUCGACCCCGCGGGGUACUCCGGCACGCUCCCGGCGCCCGUCUUCGCCUCGCUCCCUUUCCUCCAGACCCUCUCCCUCCGUGGCAACCGCUUCCACGGCUCGCUGCCAGCGGGGGUGGCGCUGCCUCCGAGCCUCCGCGUCCUCGUCCUCUCCGGCAACGACUUCUCCGGCGAGAUACCGACGUCCCUCUUCACCCCGGCCUCGUCGCUCGACGAGCUCGACCUCUCCCGCAACGCGUUCACCGGCGCGAUACCGCCUCAGGUCGCGUCCUUGGGCGCCCUGACGCGGAUGGAGCUGCAGCACAACCGCCUCACCGGGAGCCUGCCGUCGAUGGGCAAGAUGCGCUCCCUCGUCCACCUCGACGUCAGCGACAACAAGCUGUCCGGCCCGCUGCUGGACGCGCCCGGGCGGCUGCCUCCGACGGUCCUGGCCGUCGUGGCGCGUGACAACAGGCUCUCUGGGCCGUUGCAAGCCGCGGCCUUCCACGCUCUCCCUGAGAUGCAGGUGCUGGACCUCACCAACAAUGCGGUCACCGGCGCGGUCCCCGGCGCGGCGUUCGAGCACCCGGCGCUGGCGCAGCUGCGGCUGGGAUCCAACCAGCUCGGGACGGUGGAAGAGGCGUCCGACGGCGUCGCGUCGAGCCAGCUCCUGGAGGUGGACCUCAGCGGCAACAGAAUCACGGGGCGGCUGCCCAGGUGCCUCGGGGCGAUUCCGCGUCUCAGGACGGUGGGGCUCGACCGGAACCAGUUCGUCGGAGGCGUGCCGAAGCAGUACGCCGUGCGGGCCGCGGCGGUGGAGGUCGUCGACGGGAAGGCGCCGUUUGCGAAGCUGAUGCUGCAAGGGAACUACCUCUGCGGAGGCCUGCCCAGUGAGCUGAGGCAGAUGGAGGAGGGCGGCGCCAUGGUGAGCCUGGCGGACAAUUGCUUGCUGAAGUGUCCGCACAAGUUCUUCUUCUGCCAGGGGCCGCCGCAGAAGAACCGUGCCGCAUGUCCCAAGUGCGAACCGUGAGAGGUUCCAUACUGUAGAUAACGCAUUCAUAUCGUAUACCUUAGUUUCAUCGGGUACUAUCCGGAUGAUGAACUUUAUUGAUCGAAUAAUACAUGUAGCUUUGCUUGAA